AUGAGUCGAGUUUCGUCAGAAUCCGCCCGCAGAAAGAGCACGUCGUCGACCGACGCCAUGACCCUAAACCCGAACAGCCUGGCCACGCCGGGCGGCAUCUCGGAUCCCGCCCUCAUCCAGCUCGUCAACAAGCUCCAGGACGUCUUCGCCACCGUCGGCGUCAACAACCCCAUCGACCUGCCGCAAAUCGCCGUCGUCGGCAGCCAGUCCAGCGGAAAGAGCUCGGUGCUGGAAAACAUCGUCGGCCGUGACUUCCUGCCGCGAGGUGCCGGCAUCUGCACCCGACGUCCGCUCGUCCUGCAGCUCAUCAACCGCCCGCCCCAGGCCAACGGCGUCAAGCAGGAUGACAUCUCCACGGCCAACGACAAGGCUGCCAACGUGGACGAGUGGGGAGAGUUCCUCCACAUACCCGGCCAAAAGUUCCAUGAUUUCCACAAGAUCCGAGACGAGAUCGCCCGCGAGACGGACGCCAAGGUGGGCAAGAACGCCGGCAUCUCUCCGGCGCCCAUCAACCUGCGCAUCUACUCCCCCAACGUCCUCACCCUGACCCUCGUCGACCUGCCCGGCCUGACCAAGGUGCCCGUCGGAGACCAGCCGCGCGACAUCGAGCGGCAGAUCCGCGAGAUGGUCCUCAAGUACAUUGGCAAAUCCAACGCCAUCGUGCUCGCCGUCACGGCCGCCAACAUUGACCUGGCCAACUCGGACGGCUUGAAGCUCGCCCGCGAGGUCGAUCCCGAGGGCCAGAGGACCAUCGGCGUCCUCACCAAGGUGGACUUGAUGGACGAGGGAACCGACGUCAUCGACAUCCUCUCCAACCGCGUCAUCCCCCUGCGGUUGGGGUACGUCCCCGUCGUCAACCGUGGCCAGCGCGACAUCGAUAACAAGAAGGCCAUCCAGGCCGCCCUCGACGCCGAGAAGAGCUUCUUCGACAACCACAAGGCCUACCGGAACAAGAGCUCCUACUGCGGAACCCCGUACCUCGCGCGGAAGCUCAACCUCAUCCUCAUGAUGCACAUCAAGCAGACGCUCCCGGACAUCAAGGCCCGCAUCUCGAGCUCGCUGCAGAAGUACACCACGGAGCUCGAAAGCCUCGGCCCGUCGAUGCUGGGCAACAGCGCGAACAUUGUGCUGAACAUCAUCACCGAGUUCACCAACGAGUGGCGCACCGUGCUCGACGGCAACAACACGGAGCUCUCCAGCACGGAGCUUUCCGGCGGUGCCCGCAUCAGCUUCGUCUUCCACGAGCUGUAUUCCAACGGCGUCAAGGCCAUCGAUCCCUUCGACGUCGUCAAGGAUGUCGACAUCCGCACCAUCCUCUACAACUCGUCGGGCUCCUCGCCUGCGCUGUUUGUCGGCACCACGGCCUUUGAGCUGAUCGUCAAGCAGCAGAUCAAGCGCCUCGAGGACCCGAGCUUGAAGUGCGUCUCGCUCGUCUACGACGAGCUGGUGCGGAUACUGUCCCAGCUUCUCGGCAAGCAGCUCUAUCGUCGGUACCCUUCGCUGAAGGAGAAGAUGCACGGCGUCGUCAUCGCCUUCUUCAAGAAGGCCAUGGAGCCCACGAACAAGCUCGUCAGGGAUCUCGUCUCCAUGGAGGCUUGCUACGUCAACACGGGCCACCCCGACUUCCUGAACGGACACCGGGCCAUGGCCAUUGUCAACGAGCGUCACAACCCGUCGAAGCCGGUGCAGGUCGAUCCGAAGACGGGCAAACCCCUUCCGCACGCGGCCGCCCCGCCAGCCAGGACCACGAGCCCCUCGGUUCCCGAGAUAGACAGCAUCGGAAACGGGGGCUUCUUCGGCAGCUUCUUCGCGGCCAAGAACAAGAAGAAGGCGGCCGCCAUGGAAGCUCCGCCGCCGACCCUCAAGGCUUCCGGCAACCUCUCCGAGCGUGAGAACAUCGAGGUGGAAGUCAUCAAGCUGCUCAUCUCCUCCUACUACAACAUUGUCCGACGCACCAUGAUCGACAUGGUUCCCAAGGCCAUCAUGCUUACCCUUGUCCAGUUCACCAAGGAUGAAAUGCAACGCGAGUUGCUCGAGAACAUGUACCGAACGGACACGCUUGACGAUUUGCUGAAGGAGAGUGAUUUCACCAUCCGCAGGCGGAAGGAGUGCCAGCAGAUGGUCGAGUCGCUCGGCAAGGCCAGUGAGAUUGUCAGCCAAGUCCAGUAA